AUGUGGCAAAACAGCUCUUGUACAGAGAGUUGCAAAGGAUUGUGGGCUGGUGCUUACGAACUAUCGUGGGGCCAGAGCUGUUGUUCUCCACUGCCAGGAGAGGCAGAGAGAGCACUCACCGCCGUAUUUGACGAAUGUAGACUUCUAGCCCAGGAGUGUACAGGAGGCUGUUUGUUUGCUACUGGACCAAGUGGAGAGUCUGUGUGGGCGACCAGGGGACUCAACGGAGAGUCAUGUGGUGAGGCUGGCCAGUCAUCUGCUGUCCUUGCUGGAAUCUGCACACAACACGCCGGGUCUUGUCGUAGUCGGCAACCACCAGCCGGCCUCAGGCCUUGCACCCGGCAGCACGCCGGCCAGGUCAUUUCGACCAUGAGAUUACACAUUGGGGUGAGCACUGAGAGUGAGCGAGUCAGCAUUCUGCUAGCGGUGACUCGUCACCACGGCCUGUGUGACUCACCGUGUGCCCAAGUGGCUCGGUGGACUCCAGGGUUUGUGGGAGCAGACCUGGCUCUGCUGGCUUCUAACGUAGCAAGACACUUGGAGAGAUUGGGUCUUCCAGCCAACUAUGCUGAUGAAGAAAGCCUACUGCAGUUUUGGCGGAGUCGUGUGUGUUUGCAGCAGCCGACAGCACUUAGAGGACAACUAGGAGUGGUGCAGGGAGAGAGAGGUGACUUCUCCCAGCUGGGGGGUGUGAGCGGUGUAAGGCUCAAGCUGCUGCAGGCUGUACAGUGGCCACUCUCACACCCUGAAGCCUUCCGGCGACUGGGCCUACCACAGCCUAAAGGGGUCCUGCUGUAUGGGCCACCAGGUUGUGCAAAAACCAGUUUGGCACGUGCUGUGGCUGGCGCAACACAUACCACGUUCCUGGCGGUGAGUGCGGCGCAGAUAUACUCGCCCUAUGUAGGAGAUGCUGAGCGCACUGUAGCGGAACUGUUCCACCGAGCUCGCACCGCCGCUCCUGCCAUAUUGUUUAUCGACGAGAUAGAUGCCCUGGUGGGCUGUCGAGGCAAGAGAGAAAAAGGCUCCCAGGAGAGGGUUCUGACAACUUUCCUGACCGAGAUGGAUGGAGUGGGAGUGCAGUUAGACAAAGGCAUAUGUCAGGCAGGUGUAGUAGUGGUAGCGGCUACCAACCGACCGGACGUGUUAGAUCCUGCACUGACACGCCCUGGUAGGUUUGACCGUCUCAUCUAUGUUGGACCUCCAGAUGCCAGUCAGCGACUGGACAUACUCCGCACUGUCUCUAGCAAGAUGGCCCUGGCCGAUGAUGUGGACCUGGCCUGGAUAGCAGACAACACUGAGCUGUACUCUGGGGCAGACCUCGCUCACCUGUGUAAGGAGGCCGGCCUCAGUGCCUUGACUCAGGACAUGAGUGUAGAGGAGGUGAGACAUUGCCACUGGCUCGCUGCGCUAAAGGAUUCCAAGCCUUCCUUGACCCAGGAGCAAGUCAGGAGUUAUGAACGUCUAGCAGUGUCACAGGACUAAAUUAAAGGUGGAAAAGUGAACAUAUCAGCAGUGCACUGACUAAAAGAUUGCACACUACCACACUACUGUCUGACUGCAGCUAGACCAACAUCGGAGAUGAGGAAAAUAUUAAAAAUAAGUGUUAACAAUGCAAUUUUGUACACAUAUGUAUGAUAAAAUUUUAUUUUGUAAACUGUCA